CCGUACCACACGUUGCUGAGUAGAAAUACAUUCAGCGAAGAAGGCAGGCGACGUCAGUCUAAUUGAGUCCAACUGGCCCAUACAUAUAUUUGACAUUUUGUGAUUUUUGACCGGACGUAAUAAUUAUUAACAUGGAGAACGAUAUUAUAGUUUCUCUUGAGGACUUGGGGUAUCAAGGCCCACUGUUGGAGGACGGAGCCCUGGAGUCAGCUGUGAAUGGUGGGGCUGUGUCCCCAGAGUUUACAAAACUCUGUGCUUGGAUUGUGUCAGAGCUCAGACUUUACAGUAAACUGGAGGAGAAUGUCCAAGCCACGAACUGUCCUAGUGAGGCAGAGGGCUUCCAGCUGGAGAUGAGUGGUCUGUUGACAGAAAUUGCUUGUCCUUACUCUGUCCUCACAAGUGGAGCUGUCACCCAAAGGCUUCUCAACAAGAAUGACUGUUUGCUGCUGCUCUCCUUUCUGGUAUCUGAGCUCGAGGCUUCGAGGAUGAUCGUGGUAAACAGACCACAGAAGAAGGCCCAGGAGUCUGGUAACCCUGCCUUCCAGGAACUAAAAGGCAUCUGCAUGGCACUGGGCAUGUCCAAACCUCCAGCGAACAUUGCCAUGUUCCAGUUCUUUAGUGGUAUUGAAAAGAAGCUCAAAGAAGCCACAAGUCGAGUACCACCAAAUCAUAUUGGAGACCCUUUGUUGAAGAAAGCCUUUGGACCUGUGCACAUGGAAAAAAUUGAAGCCAUUAAUCAAGCACUUGUAAAUGAGUAUGAAGUGAGAAGGAAGAUGCUGUUAAAACGUCUAGAUGUGACAGUGCAGUCUUUUGGUUGGUCAGAAAGAGCAAAGACGCAGGCUGGGAAUUUGGCUCAAGUUUAUCAGCCGCUACGUUCUGCCCUGGGUACCAAAAGCAAAAUCUCUGUAGCGCACCUUCUUGCAGCACGACAAGAUUUCUCAAAAAUUCUUCGCACAAGCAGUGGAAGGUCGAGAGAGAAGACUGCUUGUGCCAUUAAUAAGGUUUUAAUGGGUCGCGUGCCAGACAGAGGAGGCCGUCCGUGUGAGAUUGAGCCUCCCCCUCCAGAAAUGCCUUCAUGGCAAAAGCGACAGGAUGCCCCCCAAGGUAGUGGUCACUAUGGCGGAGGUGGGCAUGGCGGGAGCAGGGGGGGCAAUGAUCAUUAUUAUCAAGGCAGCCGGGGAGGCUAUGAGAGGGGCGGAGGAGAAAGAGGAGGCAGGGGAGGAGGCAGCGGCAGAGGUGGAAGGGUUCAAGGAGGCUGGGAAGAGGGGGGCGCAGGAGGGAGAGGUGGCUACAACAAGGGCCAGCAUCAAGAUUUGGGGGGUCAUCAGGGGGGAGGCGGAACGAGAGGUGCUUAUCGAGGAGGCGGGAGCAACCAAGGAGGCCCCCAGGAGUCCAGCCACCAUUCAGGCUAUAAUGACAAUUACCACCAAAAUGGAAACUGGCAUCAAGAGAGAGGUGGCGGUAGAGGAGGCAGGGGAAGAGGAGGCCGAGGAGGCUGGGGAGGGAGAGGAGGCCAAAAUUUCAAUCAAGGAGGACAGUUUGAACAGUUUUUUCAACAUGGCGGCCAGAACUACAACCAAGCUGGCUUUAAUCAAAGCCGCCACUACACUAGUUGAAAGUAGCAGUGUGGGACAUUAGAGCCCAGUCCGCAAUCGCUGAAAUAACAGGUUGACAAGGCCUUAUCAAACUCACAUUUUCAGCAUGCUUGAUCAGACUGGUCAUCAGUAAAUGCAAUGUGUAUAAUCAAGUACAUAAAUGUACGUGUAAAUGUUUACAUGAAGAUGACAUUUUUUGUCUCUCCCUCCACCAUGUCAAUUAAAAUAAACCGUGUCAGUUAAACUUA